AUGGUUUACAUGGUUGAUGCAAAUUUGAGGAGCAGUACGGUACGCUUGGUACGAUUGGCGUUGGUUGAGGAACACAGGGUCAAAUCGAAUGAUGAUUUAGCAAGUGGACCAGGUGAAGUGGUAGCUGAAAAGAUGAGAAUCUUUUGUAACUUGCUCAAGAACGUUAUAAGGAAGAAGCUAUCUCGAUUUACAACUUCAGAGCUCGAUAAUCUGACUUUAUCUUCGAGCGUGUUUCUUGGUGAGGGACAUGGGAGUAUUGAGAUCAGCGAGCCGCCCACAGAAGCACAGGGUCGAAUAAUCAAGAGCUUGGUAAAAGUUGUAUUCCAUCAGAUGGAAAAAAAAGAAAGCUCUGAUAAUUUCGAGGACUUGGAUGAGGGGCAUGCUAACCUUUUUCUCUCGCUAUUCAUUAAGAGAAUUCAUUGUGAUGUAUUCGAAGAAAGUUCCCUACUCACUCUCAAUCAGAGCUCACAUUUCGAAUUGCAUGAACGUAUUUGUAAGAUUGUUACAGGUUGUGAGAAUGCGAUUGAAAACAAACCUCAGUUGUUCCCUACAGUCUAUCACGAUGGAUUCUUCGUUGUCCAUUUGUAUUGCUGCUUGGAGGAUAAUUUGCAGGACAGUGGUAGCGACGUCUUGCUCGAAGAAUUUGACAAGAUCGAUCUCGACGAUGACGAUGGAAGCGAUGACGGAGACCCAGAUGGCCCAACUUUGACUUCCUUAUCCAUCUACAGUGGGCUAAUCUCAAAGUUACGAGUUUCCAAGCAGACACUCUCUCAAACAAAGAUAACCCUGCUGCCCUCACAAGAUUUUGAAGGAUUAUGGGAAUCGUUACAUUUCGACGAUCGAAUAAAGCAGAGAUUUUACAGCUAUGCGACAGUAGCGCUCAAAAUAGCUAGUUUAUCCAAAGAUGUUGAAGACGAUUCAUAUAUGGACAUCCUAGCAAACAACAAGCUAUUACUCGUACAUGGGCCUCCAGGAACUGGGAAGACAACCAUUUGCAAAGCUUUGUGCCACAAAUUAUCCAUAAGAAGAGAAUUUUCACAAGAGGUAAGUCCCAUAGAUACCACUCACAAGGGGAUCGUCGUGGAGAUAUCAUGCUCCCAGAUAUUCUCACGAUGGUUCGGUGAAUCGUCAAAAAACUUGGCAACCAUUUUCAAUGAUGUUGAGAAUCUGUUAAAGAUCAAUCAACAGAAUGCCUCGUUCGUUUGCCUAUUGAUCGAUGAAGUGGAAGCGAUCGCUUUCUCCCGAAGCGAUUUACUCAACAAGAACGAAUCGACAGAUGGAGUUAGGGUUGUGAGUACUUUGCUUACUCAAUUGGAUAGGUUGAAGAAGUACAACAAUCUGUUGGUCCUAGCCACAUCAAACCUUAUUGAGUCACUCGAUCCGGCUUUUGUCGACAGAACAGACGGUGCCUUUUACAUUGGUAAUCCAUCUAAAAACGGAAUUGUCGAAAUCUUGACGUUAGGCCUACGAGGACUAAUCUCCAAGGGAAUAAUCUCUGUUUUGGGCGAUUCCUCAGAUAUCUUGGAAAGCCCAAAAUACAAGCAAAUCAUGAUAACAAUUGCAGACAAAUGCCUGAGUGCCGGAACAAGCGGAAGAACACUAAGAAAACUGCCACUGAAUUGUCUCUCAGAGCAUUUCAGAACAAUACCAGUAACAUUGGAUAACUUCCUACUGGCCUUGGCGAUGUCGGUGACUAGUCUAAGCAAUCAGAACCACGUGUAA